GCUUAAUCUAUCUUCUAAUCAGACCAACUACUCCAGCGCGACCCUUUGGUUUAACACUUCUACCACCAAUUUUCUCUUAACUACCAUAACCAUGCCUCGCGGAGUCGAAUUCUCUAAAGACAACCAAAUCUCCGACAACCCCAUUGAGGCCGGCGAGACCAAGGUCCACGGCACAAACCCCGACUAUGACCACAUGAACCGCGUCGACCGCACCGCCCCCCUCCCCGAAGUCUCCGGCUCGUCGGAACCCUACAUUGGCCAGGGGGGAUACAAGAACCCGGCUGGCAGCGGGAAGGGCGGCCAUGAGCCCAACACGCUAGGCGAGAACAAGGGUCUUGGUGGACACAAGGCGUGAAUUGCUUUGCAUUGCAUAACUAGCAUUGGGGUUUUGGCUUAGCAGGCCUGGUGCCUAGCUACUCCGGGUUGCGUCACUGAGUGAGGCGCUGGAGAUAUGUAUUCUUAUGUUAUAAGUUACAAGUUACAAAUACGAGGAAAGGCUUGAUGAUCC